CCCAGAUCAAUCCUUCAGGAGGCGACAGGUAACGGUCCCUGGAGGGGGAGGGGCGUCUCUAACGUCUGGGAAAGAGGUUCUGCUCCGUGCAUCUCUGAGUGCCUUCCUGAGGCUGAUGGGACACUCCCUCACCGGUCUACCUGAGCCUACAACUUCUCCAGGGCCGACCUAUGUUCCUCUCCCCUGCACCAAAGGACUACAUGUGUGAGGGGCCGUGUUACAAGUGGAAGCUCCGAAAGGCGACUCUGCUUCUGUGCCGGGUUUAUCACCGUUGCCCGGAGCCACCGGCUCCCCACCCCCACCCUGUGCAAAUACACAGCGGAUCGCAGGCAACAGCCAGACUGUGGGAAGGACUGGUGAGCGCCUGGAGAGGAGCUCCUGUACCUGGGAGGCAGGACCUCGAAUCAGGACAAGUGAAGAAAGCAAUGAACCAAGGCAAGAGCGACCUCAGUGAAGACCAGCGUCAGAGAAACCCAAGGAAGACCAGCAGUGAGCUACAAGGUGAACCAGUGCAAAAGCAUCGUCCACUGUCUGUUGGUUUCUACUCAUACUCUUUCCAGAUAUUACACGUUCUCUCAAGCAUUCGCUUCAGAAAAACAUCACAUGGCAUUUCACCAGACAGCUUCCAGAAAACAAUCACGUCGGUUCUCAGCAACACAUACUCUCAUAAAACAGUUUUCAGAAUGAGCUGGGGAGGUGGCUCAGCAGUUAAGAGGCCUUCCUUCUCCUUCAGAGGUCCUCAGUUUGAUUCCCAGCAACCCCAUGGUGGCUCACUACCAUCUGCAAUGGGAUAGGAUGUCCUUUUCUGCUGUGUCUCCAGAGAGCAACACUGCACUUAUAAUAAAAAAAAAAUAAAGACAGUUUCCAGAAAACCCCAAA